AUGUUUUCCACUGACUAUACACUAGCAGAAGUGGACCGUGGCAUUCCUCAUCAUAGCGUUAUCGAGGACAAUUUGUAUGACGACCGCGAAGCAUGCCUGCACUGUCACUCGGAAAAGGAUAUUGUUAGCAAUUUGUAUGACUUGGAUGACGAUCUUCGGGAAACGCAAAUAGUAGUCGAUUGGCUGGAAGGAAAAGUUAGAGAAGAAAUAGUGAAAGUGGCAGAAAAACACGAAUGUCUCUUUAACGAGAUCGCAGUAUGGGAGAAUACGCGUCACCUUUUGGAAACUUUGAAUGCUAGUGAACUCAGAUCCAGGCAUUUAGUCACUCAGCUGUUUCCGGAUGUUGCUCUUGUUGGUGAAGAUACUCUGGCCCAAAAAGACGUAUCAGAUGAAAAUCGUUACCUGCAUUAUCUAUUUUUGUGCGUCAGGGGUGGUGAUUUGCAGAGGGUAUGCUUUCUUCUAUAA